UGCGUAAAUCGAGCGAGCGGAGGAUGACCUCCAACCUUUUGUUUACGUUUACGUGGAAUGAGAGCUGGCCGUGCUUCCGGGUUUUCUUUCUGAAGCUAUCAUAUCGGUUUUAAAGAGAUGGCCACGGUUCCAGCCCAGUCUCUCAGGGUGUCAGAAAUCAAGGACCCCACCGUUUUAUUUGAACGAUAUGGCACCGAUGAGAUCCGUGCAAUCGAGAGGAAAGUGCGGGGGGAGAUCGAGCAGAAGAAGGAAGAACUUCGACAGAUGGUCGGCGAACGUUACCGGGAUCUGAUCGAUGCUGCUGACACGAUCGGUGAGAUGAGACAGUGCUCGGAAAGUGUGGUUCAGUCCAUUCAGGACAUGUACCGGUACUGCCACAAGCUGAAACAGACGAAACACACUCCUCCGCCCAGCGGCAAAGCUGAACAGGGACAGAAACAGUCCCAGGAGAAAUUUUACACUAUGGCAUCGCAGAUAAAACUACUUCUGGAAAUCCCAGAGCGGAUAUGGAGCUCUAUGGAGUCUUCGCAGUACCUGCAGGCGACACAGCUCUACCUGCUGUGUUGUCACCUUCACGACCAGUUACACUUGGAAGGCAGAGGUCAUCUUUACAGUCCCGUUCUCUCUCGCUUCCCCAUACUUGUGCGCCAGGUCGCAGCUGCUGGUCACUUCAGGUCUACAAUCUUAUCGGAGAGUAAGUCUGUGCUGCGUGGCAGGGCAGUGUCCGAUCAGGCCAUUGCAGAAGCGCUGGUCUCCACCAUGCUGUUGGAGGACAGCUCUCCUCGCCAAGCACUCGCUGAUUUCCUGCUGGCUAGGAAAGCCUCUAUUCAGCACCUGCUCAAUAAGCCCCAGCAUGGUGCUGGUGUUAAAGCACAAGUUUGUUCUUUGGUGGAGCUGCUGGUCACCACACUGUACCAAGCUUAUGCCGUGUUCUAUGUGCCUCCCGAUGGCCAAGUGUCUGACACCGGAUUAGGCUGUGGCCUGCUUUUUACCACCUUGGAGAAUGUAACCUCUAUCACUACUGGAAAAGAAAAGAAAGUUUUAGACAAAGAGAUGAGUACAGGAAGCUGGUUUAAAUACCUCCCUCCUUCAGUGAUGAAUUUCCAGCCCAUCCUUCGGACACUAGCACAACCGAUACAGAGAGAGCAGCUCAGAGACACGCUGCAGCAGUGGAUUGAUACCUGUAAGGAGGAUAUCCGCAGUGGAGUUAGCAGCCUGCUGGUCUACGUGAAGAGUCUGAAGGCCCUGGCUGCUAUUCGAGAUGCAGUGUGGGAACUUCUCAGCAGUGAAUCCAUCAGCCAGCACUGGAGCACAGUGUGUCAGAGCCUCCUGGAGCGACCUCUGACCCUGUGGGACGAUCUUUUGCAGCAAUUGUUUCUGCAGAGACUUCAGGCAAUCACUCAGGAGGGCACAGAGGACAUCUCCAGCACCUCCAGACAGCUUUUGUCUUCAGCGCUGCGGGAUCUGCACGGCCAGGUGUCGGCUGGAAGUUUCAGCCGGGGAGUGCAGUAUGAGAGCGAUGUUGGGGCUUUCCUGUGGUCAGAGUCCCAAGGCGACCUGCUUAGCGACGCAGCAUGGGUGAGCGUAUCCCAGCGAAGCCCACAGCAAAAGAGCGGCCUGUCCAUGAAGACCCAGGCCCUCACCCCCUUUGUCCAAACCUUCUGCUCCACCCUGGACUCCAAACUCAAAGCAAAACUAGAAGAUCUGCAGCACUACUUACCCUCUGAAAAUAACAACAAGGAGUCAUCGGAGACCACCCCGGUGCAGUCCACCCCUCCUAUCAACCGUUUCAUGGAUGCUGCGGCAGUGGAGGACGUCCUCAGAGAUCACUGCCUGUCCUGCGUGAGAGACAUCUUGGCAAGUGUGCGCUCUGAGUUGGCUAAUGCCAAGGCUAAGGCCACCGGCCCUAGCCAGUUAAGUUCUGUACUUUUCAUGGCCAGACUGUGUCAAUCAAUGUGCGAGCUGUGCCCUAGUCUACAACAGUGCAUUCUGGGAAAACAAGGGGGUUUGGAUUUUGUGAGUAGGGGCACCCAACGACAAGGCAAGAAAUUGGGCAAAGGAAGCUCAGCCAGGGUAGCGGAGGUCAGCCCGGCUCAGGCUAAGUGGACCUGCCUGAAGGAGGAACUUCUAUCAUGCAACAUGGAGGCAUACGGUAUCUGGAGCUCUGCACUCACUAAGGCGCUUGUUGGCAGCUUUGCGGCAACACUUCACGCAGGAACUGCAGGCUCCAUUCUGGGUACUGCAACAAACUGGGAGGAGCUUGAAAUACAAGAAGAGACUGAGGCUGGAAAUAGUGUAAUGUCUAAAAUACGCCUUCCUGUGCAGCCAUCAUGGUAUGUUCAGUUUUUACUCUUCCAUCUGUGCCUUGAGGUCAAUAGGGUCGGAGGUCAUGCAUUACCAAAGGUUACUCUGGUGGACAUCUUGCGGGGAUGUUUAGAUCAGGUUGUGAGCGAGUAUGAGAAACUCACUCAGGAGACUCAGAGCAAGGACGGAGGCCUCCCCUUGACUCAGAACCGUGCUUUGCAGUUGCUGUUUGACCUACGUUAUGUCAGUGUCACAUUAAGUAGCCGCCUCGACGAGGGCAGGAGUUCGCGCUCGCAGCAAGAUCCAAGGAUACAGCAGGUCUGCGAUGCCCUGGAAAGUCACAUUGAUCCAUUUGACUUGGAUGUUUUUACCCCACAUCUGAACAGCAACCUGAACCGACUCUCACAAAGAACCUCUGUUCUCCUGGGGUUGUUGACUGGCACGGAGAAGCAGUUCAUUUCUAGGACCAACAAUAUCAACUCUCAGGAACAAUACAACAUUCUUCCCUUGGCUAGCAGCCAGAUCCGGUUUGGCUUGCUGCCGUUGAGUAUGACCACCUCACGGAAGGCCAAAUCAGCCACACAUGGAGCAGACAUCACUAGACCGCUGGUGGCUCCUGCCUCUGCUCCAGAGGACAGUUUCCGCCCUGGAAAUCUGUUCAGGCAGUUAGCCAAUCAAGAGGAGGAAUCUGCAGCCCCCUCUCUCUUUAAAUUAGGCUGGCUUUCUGGCAUGGCCAAAUAAACUUUUAUUUGUAAUAUUAAUGUUUUUUAAAUGCAUAGAAGACUCUCUAAUGUAAUAUAAAAGACUUUUUGAAAUGUUAAACUGGUGUCUUGUAUUGCAUAUUCCCCAACAAAUCUGUUUGAUUUGAUUUGUAAAUAAACUGGAAACAUUUA